AAACAAGAAGAAGAAAAAAAAAGAAAAGCGAAAAACAAAGGGGGAAAAAAGGACAAGCGUGAUAGGUAUCACAGAUAAAAUCUCUGAAUUGCAUCCCUUCUUUGGUUUAUUGGUAAUACCCCCUUCGCCACCCAACCACAAAACCAGGCCCCUUUUUUUCCUCUCCCUUUCUCUCUUUUUAUACAAAGGACAGUACUCUUAUUCAUAUAGGCGAUAGCCCAGAAAGGGGCAGAAAGAUUAUGUUAUUGGGUCCAAGAUUUGGAUACGUCAACUAACACAAUAUGAGCUCCUCUUGAAGAUAAUGAGAGUUGGGUUCAUUGUCUUCUUCUCAGAAGAAGAGGAGGAUGGUUACUCUUUCUUCCCAUUGUCAGGAGCAAGAUAUCCAGCUUCAAAAUCUAGUCUUUCUUGAUGGUCUGUUCUGUGAAGAGGAGCAUUUUGAUGAUGAUGAUAAUAAUGGGGUUUUGGGAUUUGGUGGUGGGGGGCUUAGUUUUGUUGAUGGUGUAGAGAAUGAAUCAAAUUAUCAUAAAAAGACUCGAACUUUAUUAGAAAAUGACCUGUUGUGGGAAGAUGAAGAGCUUGUGAGUCUGUUGUGUAAAGAAAAAGAGGCUUGUUUUGGUGACUGGGAAGUUGACUCAGAUGGGUUUUUGUUGGGGGCAAGGAAAGAGGCUGUGGGGUGGAUGUUGAAAGUCGUUUCGCAUUAUGGUUUUACCCCUGCUACUGCGGUCUUAGCUGUGAGUUAUUACAAUAGAUUCGUGUUAAGCUCACGUUUUCAGAGGGAUAAGCCAUGGAUGAAUCAAUUAACUGCCGUUGCUUGUCUUUCCAUUGCUGCAAAGAUGGAGGAGAUCCAAGUGCCGCUUCUUUUAGACCUCCAAGUGGAGGAUUCAAAGUUUGUUUUCGAGGCAAAAACUAUUCAGAGAAUGGAACUCUUGGUUUUGUCCACCCUCCAAUGGAAGAUGCAGCUGGUGACUCCUCUUUCGUUCCUUGAUCACAUUAUCAGGAGAUUCGGAAUGAUGACUGAUCUGAACUGGGAUUUUCUUAAGAGAUGUGAAGGGCUCAUUCUCUCUGUUAUUCCUGAUGCUAGAUUCGUGCAUUAUCUCCCAUCAGUUGUUGCUACUGCUGUAGUAUUGCACGCAAUCAGAGACUUUGAGCCUUGUAGACUAAUGGAAUGUGAGGAACAACUUACCAAGGCUCUUAAAGUUGAUCAGGGCAAGGUAUCUGAUUGCUAUAAACUCAUUGAGGAGAUGGUGGAGGUUCAAGGAGGCAAGCAUUACCAAGCUCUCAAGCGCAAGCUUCACCAGUCAAUCCCUGGUAGCCCAAACGGGGUCAUUGAUGCUUAUUUUAGCUCCGACAGCUCCAAUGAUUCGUGGGAUGUGGCGUAUUUGGCAUCACCAUCAAAGAAGCUAUUCAAGAGAAGCAGAGCUUCAGGACAAGCUGAUGAUGUUGUAUCUUCACUUAACAGUAAUGCUCGUGAGUGUUGGUGAUCAUCAUAGUCUCUUAGUCCUUAAUUGAACUCAUUCUCUUCUUUACGGAAUGUGUUGGCAACCUUUUCAUCCUAUACACUGCAAUGGUGCUAUAAACUAUUAUCGCCUUUUUCUAGGUGUUUUUGGGGAAUGCACUUCAAUUAGUGUUUUUUGAAUGAUCCUGUGUUAAAAUGACUUAUCUUGCGAUAUCCAUGAGAUGAUGCAGAGAGAACCUUUUGAUGGGUGCUGAAUUUUGAAUGUGAAAGAUUAGUAGUUUUGUACAUUACUUUCUUGUAUAUUGUGUUGAUUUUGAUUGUUUCUUACAUUAACAAUGUGGG